CCACUGUGUGACCUUGACCCGUAACAUACACGGACCAGUGUGUGUGUGUGUGUGUGAACUUUGACCUGUGUGUGUCUCAUCAGAGCCGGACCUCCAUGUGUAUCUGUUGAUCCACAAUAUUGACGGUCCCAUGCUCCGCGGAGAGAAGACCCAGAAUGCACUGGGCCAACUGGCCUCACUACCCAACCUGCACCUUGUCGCCUCCAUCGACCACAUUAACGCACCGCUCGUGUGGGACCAGUGUAAACUGAGUCGGUUUAACUGGUUGUGGUGGGAGUGCGUGUGUUUCCAGCGAUAUGUGGAAGAGACGUCCUAUGAGAACUCUCUACUAGUUCAACAGACUGGGAGCCCUCGCCCUCUCCUCCUUGACAACACGUCCUACGCAGCCUUACGGCUAACGCCAGGGGCAUCUUUAAACUGCUGGUGGAGUUCCAACUGGAGAACAAGGACAACCCUUCAUACACAGGCUUGUCAUUCAGGACUUCUACCAGCGUUGUCGGGAGGCCUUCCUGGUGAACUCUGACCUCACCCUGCGACCCAGCUCACAGAGUUCAGAGACCACAAACUCAUCCGCACACGCAAGGGUGCUGAUGGGGUGGAGUACCGCUGGUUGCUGUGGACACCAAGACGCUGACUGACUUCCUGGAGAAAGAAGUAGAGUGAGGAGACAUCAUGUCCGUCUUCUACUUCAACCCAAAGAGACACUGGGCCUCAUCGGGUCA